CUAUAUAAACAGACACAAGCUCUACAACCUGUUGAUAUCUCUCACAACAGCAACAAUGGGGAUACCGUUUUCGAGCACAAACCGAGUGAUAACAGAUAGGUCGCCGCUUUACGAAGAAAUCAAUCUCUUCCUCAACAACGAAACCCCUCAAACACUUUCCACGAAUCCUAUCGAACAACAACAUGAAGAUCAACUAAUCUCUUCUUUUCUCGAAGUCGCUGUCGGCGAGACUGUACAAACCGCAAAAAGGUUCUUGGAGACAACGAACUGGAAUAUAGAAGAAUCCAUUAAUUUGUUUCUCCUCGACAAGAACUAUAUGGAACCGUCCAUGUAUAAUGAAGAUCAUGUCGCGAAGCAAAAUAACGAGUCAACGACGUUCGAUGAUGGAGAAUCAAAUUCGACAUUGUCUUCCAUGUAUCGUCCUCCUGUAGACUUGCUUUUCGAUGGUCGUACGUUGGAAGAAGCGAAAUCAACUUCUUGUACGGAGAAUCUAUGGUUGCUAGUGAAUCUCCAAUCCAAAACAGAGUUUGCUUCUCACACGCUCAAUCGUGAUUUAUGGUCCAACGACACCGUUUCAGAAGCUGUUAUGUCCAGCUUCCUCUUGUGGCAGGUCUAUGAUAAUACAAUCGAAGGGGAUAAGAUCUCGAACUACUACAAAAUCGACUCUCCUCCACCUGUGGUGCUUGUAAUCGAUCCCGUCACUGGUCAGAAGAUGCGUAUGUGGAGCGGUGUGAUUGAAGCUCAGAGUUUUGUGGAGGACUUGUCGUGGUUUUUGGAGGCUGGUCCUCAUGAGCACAUUGCUUCUCUGAUAAGGAAAAGACACCCUGAAACGGAGGAGGAUCACACUUGUUCCACAAGCAACAACACUGAUCAUGUUCUGGCUCCUUCUUGGGGCGAAGAGUGUGAAAACAGAGAGACUUGGUCUCCAAGCAACAGCAAUGCUAACAUGAUUGCUUCUUCUUGGGGGCCAAGAUUUGAAGAGCCUGAAGAAGUAGAGAAGGAAGAGAAUGGGUUUGACAACAAGGAGACUUGGUCUCCAAGAAACAGCAAUGAUAACAUCAUUGAUUCUUCUUGGGGGCCAAGAUUUGAAGAGUCUGAAGAAGUAGAGGAGGAAGAGAAUGGGUUUGACAACAAUGAGACUCGGUCUCCAAGCAACAACAAUGAUAACACCAUUGCUUCUUCUUGGGGGGCAAGAUUUGAAGAGCCUGAAGAAGUAGAGGAGGAAGAGAAUUGGUUUGAGUUCCAGGAUUUAACAGAAGAGCCAAAAGUAGAUUGUGAUAAAAGCGUUGUGUGCAGUGUCUGUGUUCGGUUUCUAGAUGGGAGAAGAAGGCAGAGAAGGUUUCUCAAGAGCGAACCUGUUCAGCUUCUCUGGUCUUUCUGUUAUUCUCACAUGGAAGGAUUUGAGAGAAAGGCAUUUAAACUGGUACAGGCGAUUCCUGGUGCUCCCAAGACUCUUGAUUAUGGAGUUAAUGCGACUUUUGAGGAAUCUGGACUCGCUAAUUCAAUGAUCUCGGUUGCUUGGGAGUGAAGAUUUCGAGUUUUAGUUUAACCUUUACCUUAAAAGUUAAAAGACAGAAAUGGAUUGUGAGUUUGGUUCAAGCGUAUUGCUGUUCUUUUCUUGUUCUUAAUUCAUUGUAAUGAAUCCAUCAA